UACAACGAACUUCGGGUUGCUCCUGAGGAAUCUCCCGUCCUCCUCACUGAGGCUCCCCUCAACCCCAAGGCCAACCGUGAGAAGAUGACUCAGAUCAUGUUCGAGACUUUUAGCACCCCUGCCAUGUACGUCGCCAUCCAGGCCGUGUUGUCCCUGUACGCCUCAGGUCGCACCACAGGCCUCGUCUGCGACUCGGGCGAUGGCGUCUCCCACGACGUCCCCGUCUACGAAGGCUUCGCUCUUCCUCACGCUAUCCUUCGUCUCGAUCUUGCCGGGCGUGAUCUCACUCUUUAUUUGAUGAAAAUUCUGACUGAGCGCGGUUAUUCCUUCACCACCACCGCUGAACGAGAAAUCGUCCGUGAUAUUAAGGAGAAGCUGUGCUACAUUGCCCUCGAUUUUGAUGGCGAGAUGAACACUGCAGCUGCCUCUUCCUCGAUCGAUAAGUCUUACGAGCUUCCCGACGGCCAGGUCAUCACCAUCGGUAACGAACGGUUCCGAUGCCCUGAGGCUUUGUUCCAGCCUUCAUUCCUGGGUAUGGAGUCUGCUGGUCUUCACGAAACAGUACAUUGUUCCAUCAUGAGAUGCGAUAUUGAUAUCAGAAAAGAUCUUUUUGCGAAUAUUGUUAUGUCUGGUGGUACCACCAUGUACCCUGGUAUCGCUGACCGCAUGCAGAAGGAGAUCACAACCCUGGCUCCUUCCACCAUCAAGAUCAAGAUCAUUGCUCCUCCCGAACGCAAAUACUCCGUGUGGAUCGGCGGUUCCAUCCUGGCCUCUCUGUCCACCUUCCAGUCCAUGUGGGUCACUAAAGAAGAAUACGAAGAAUCUGGACCUGGCAUUGUACAUCGGAAGUGCUUCUAAACAUAAAUUAUUGGCUUCUAAUAGGCAUUGUCGGAAAAAUAAACCUUAUACAUUUUGCUUAGCUUCAUAUCCACAUUCCCUUUCAGUUAAAACUGAAGUGGCGACGAUCAUAAUUGUCGUGUGUCAAGAAAAUUAAAGUGCAAAGAGAAGGAUAUAGAUUUUU